AUGCAAAUACGUUCAUUCUCAGCAAUCGUCAUGAUGUUGGCUGCAUCUAUUGCUGGCUCAAUGGCUCUUCGUCUACCUGUCAACAACUACGACAAUCACCUUGACGCUCGUAGCUAUCCAGUUUCAGAGGAUUCUGUUUCAGAGAGCACUGUAUCAAAUCUCGAAUCCUCUUUGCCUCUUGAGAAUGAUCAUAUACUUGAGAAACGACACCGUUCUCGUCACAUGAGUCACAAACGUAUGGGCAAUCAUGGUAUGGGCAAAAAACGUAUGGGCAAUCAUGGUAUGGGCAACAAAGGUAUGGGCAAUCAUGGUAAGCAUAUUACUACCACGACCACAACCACCACAACCACAACUACCGUCGCGCCAAUUACUACUCCAUGCACCACAACUACCGUCGCGCCAAUUACUACUCCAUGCACUACGACUACCGUCGCGCCAGUCAUUGUUACCACAGUCCCACCACCACCACCUCCUCCAAUGACUACUCCAUGCACUACAACUACCGUCGCGCCAGUCAUCGUUGUCACAGUCCCACCACCUCCUCCUCCAAUGACUACUCCAUGCACUACGACUACCGUCGCGCCAGUUAUUGUUACCACAGUCCCACCACCACCUCCUCCAAUGACUACUCCAUGCACUACGACUACCGUCGCGCCAGUCAUCGUUGUCACAGUCCCACCACCUCCUCCUCCAAUGACUACUCCAUGCACUACGACUACCGUCGCGCCAGUUAUUGUUACCACAGUCCCACCACCACCUCCUCCUCCAAUGACUACUCCAUGCACUACGACUACCGUCGCGCCAGUUAUUGUUACUACAGUCCCACCACCUCCUCCUCCAAUGACUACUCCAUGCACUACAACUACCGUCGCGCCAGUUAUUGUUACUACAGUCCCACCACCUCCUCCUCCAAUGACUACUCCAUGCACUACGACUACCGUCGCGCCAGUUAUUGUUACUACAGUCCCACCACCUCCUCCUCCAAUGACUACUCCAUGCACUACAACUACCGUCGCGCCAGUUGCACAAAACACUCCUUGUGCUACUAAUGUACCACUUCCAAUGCCCGACUCUAUUCCAUAUCCUGCAGGUCCAGUCCCAAACCCCAUGUAUCCACAAGUUCGUGAUGCAUCUAAUAUUCCCUCGUAUUAA